AUGAAACUUUUAUUGAGCUACAAGGCCCAUGCCGUCGAGCGGCUCAUUGCUUGGAAGGGUCUGGAUGACCCAUCCUCUGGGGAUUUCUCAUGCGGUGGCGACCCUAGCUCGCCGACCCUUCAGAGGCUAAUUUGGCAGGGGACCACGCCAUAUUCUCGCAGCAAUGUGGUUAAUGGCGUGUCGGUGUCUGGCGGCACAUACCUCAGCAACGCCAGCUCCAUUGUGUAUGAAACAAACAUCAAGCUGGGCGAUGAGUUCUACUAUAUGUUCACUGUCUCUGAUGGUUUACCGUUCACGCGUUUGACGCUUGACUACACAGGCACGCUGAAGUCUCUAAAUUGGAACAGCCACUAA